AUGUCGUUGCUAGACGCGACACCCCUCAACGGUCUCGACUCGAGUCUGUCGGCCGUCAUGAACGCCGUGUACGGGUCCGAGAGUGCGACGAACAGUCCCGAAGAGUCUGACAACGAAGAGCCAGCCGAAAAACAGUUACGAGGGCUACUUUCCGAACACAUGGUCAUGAAUCCUCUCGACCACAAAGAUUUCUUGCCAGAGAGCUCGUUCAAGCAACUGAUCAAUAGAGACCGCAUCAGAAUUUGCAUGCCGGGUGUGAAGGAGGACUUGAUUGAGUUCGUUUCAGACCAUGCGCCGAGGCUUUUUGCGAUCGUGGUAUACAUUCAAGAAUUUGGAAAAGAACUGAGUUCCGCUAUGACCAGGUUCAGGAAACACGGACUCACAGAUGGACACCUUCCUAUUCCGAACAUCAAUGAGAAGGGAGUGUGUUCCUACAACCGGAGCAGUCCGGGACGAGAACAGCACUCUCGACUGACCGCAGUAACCCAGUGCUCUCACAGUCGUGCAUUGGAUGCCCUCCACCACAAGCAAUGGAAGCAUGACAAGAUUCGCCAGCUCUACAGCGAUCAGUGGAUGUUCUUGUCCCCGGUGUUCACAAAAGAGAAGUUCGAGCACAACCUCGAUCCAAGAAUCGUGUUGCCCUUCACCAGGCGAGGGGGCGGUUCCGGGAAAGGCCACUUCAGCGAAGUGCGAGAGGUAUAUCUUCGCGCAGAUCAUCAACGGAUUUUUCCCACGGAAGAGAACAAAGAGAUCCGCAUCGCCAUCAAGGAGAUCACAAAUAUAGCUGGCAGCGCACAUGAGGCUGAGAAGGUCUGGAAGCGCGAGGCCAGGGCUCUGGAAAUGAUCAGCUACCUGAACCACCCCCAUCUUAUACGUCGCAUCGCUGCGAUAUCUCGCGCGGAGAAGUACUACUUCCUUUUCGAGUGGGCCGACGGUGGAACUCUUCGGGAUUUUUGGGAGAGUGAAAGUCGACCGGAGCUGACGGCCGAUCGGGUCAGGGAGAUCGUUGAACAGCUCCACGGUCUGGCCAAGGCUGUCGAGGCUCUACACAAAUACGUCGGCAACCAGACCUCCCCAGCUCGUGUCAGCCACAUCCGCGAUGCCAAAGAAGAUCACAAUGGUGCUCUUCCUAGCAAUGCUCCGGCCAUAACACUCAACGAUGCGGACUCUCUUGUCGAGAGCGAGGAGGACGAUGAUAAACCUUCCCGCACCGGCCAUUUCCGUCAUGGCGAUUUGAAACCUGACAACAUCCUUCGUUUCAACAGACACGGCAGCUGGCUUGGGACUCUCCAAGUUGCGGAUCUCGGAUUGGCAAAGCAGCACCGAAGAGACACCAUUCAGAGAAGGCAAGCAACAACUCAGAAAUAUGGAACGAUACAGUACGAGCCACCCGAAGUGGUCACCGACAGAUACGGGCCAAGGUCUCGUCUUUAUGACAUGUGGGCAAUGGGUUGUAUCAUCCUCGAGACCAUCAUCUGGCUGCUCUAUGGGCUCGAUGCGCUGAACAAGUUCUUGAACACCAAAAUUUCAACGCAGUCGGAAAAUACACUUUAUUACACGAUCCGCGGUGGAAGGGCCGAGGUGAGCGGGCUCGUCACUAGCCUAAUGAAGGAUAUACUGGAAAACGACCCUGAAUGCAAUGCUUCCUCCGGCUCCGCGCUCGGCGAUCUCAUCAGGCUGGUCGCCGACAAACUACUUCUUGUCGACCUGCCCGGCCCUGGCGUCAACUCCGAGUCGACAUGCCGUAUCGACGCCGAAAAGCUUGCCGAAGCACUUGCUAACAUCAAACGCAGAUCCCGUGAUAUGACAUACCUAUUCACCGGCCACAACCGCGCCAAUGUUCAGAUUCCACGCGUGAUAACGGCACAGGAUGUACCGCUACCACCGACGGCCCACUUGUCGCCGCGUGCAGCAUUCCAACACAGGCCAUAUCGUGAACCAGGCGUAGUCCAACCCAUUUCGAUCAAGGCUCUGAGCCAAGACGACUGGGAAUUUGUGGACGAUUCUCGGUUCGCUCUCCAAGUUUUCAAAAACCUGGGAGAGGCUUAUGCAUCCGUCUUCCCCGGGAAAGCGUCGGAUCUUUGCAGCCGCUGUCGAGAACAUGAUUUCAACUCCGGGAUUUCCAUACGAGAGCCGUUAGUUGCGCUAGAGGCAAGCGCAUCCAGCUGCGAUCUCUGCUCAAUGCUCCUCAAAGCUUGGAAGCGAUGUGGCGACGGUGGCGACACGUCCGCCACUGUAGAAUUUCAAAAGGUAGGCUCGGGCCUGAGUGUUGAGCAUUCGAGCGGACGAAUGCCCAUUUUAUCGAUACGCAGAGGGCCAAGCAGCGGCCUCUCAAGAGUAACGUUGGGAUUCUCCCAACUUCCCACCAUCGGCAGCUUGGAGUAUUUCCACGUGCUUCGACAAUGGCUUGACGACUGUAACAAAUACCACAGCCACUGUCGUCGAGAUCCACACAACCCGAAGGGCACACCGACCCGGCUCAUCGACGUCGGGACUGAUCCGCACGCUCCAACAGUACGUCUGCACGAAACCGGCAAGCGUACGACAACCAACGAGGCCGAAGACUUGACGUACAUCGCAUUAUCCCAUCCGUGGGGAGACCCAGCAGUCCACAGCCACUUUUGCACAACGAGUCACAACCUUGACCAGCACUGGCAGGCGAUUCCGAUUACAGCGCUCCCUCGCACAUUCAGCGAUGCCGUCAUCGUGACGAGAGCGCUAGGAGUGCGAUUCCUGUGGAUUGACAGCCUCUGCAUCAUCCAGAACGACCGGGGCGACUUGCAGAACGAAAUCGAACGAAUGGAAAUGGUGUUUAGCAAUGCCUACUGUGUCAUUGCUGCAUCCCGUGCCACGGGGAUGUCGGAUGGCUUCCUCGACGAUCGGCCCACGCGAGAGGUCGUUCGGAUCGACAGCCGACGGGACGAGGGAUCCCCCGUCUUUGUCUGUGAGGCCAUCGAUGAUUUUCAAGGUCAUGUUAUCGAAGGUGCCUUGAACAAGCGUGGGUGGGUCUUGCAGGAACGCGCUCUAGCACGUCGGACAAUCUAUUUCACUGCCCAGCAAACUUACUGGGAAUGUGGCUGCGGAGUGCGGUGCGAGACGUUGACCAGAAUGCACAACAACCAAGCAGACUUCCUUGGAGAUCCGAACUUCCCUCGGGUCGCAAUGGAAUCUCCCAAGGGCGCCAAGAUCCGGCUAUACGAGUCUCUGUACAAGCGGUACUCGCGGCUGGAAUUCACCGCGUUGGAGGACAAACCUGUGGCGAUCGCCGGACUGGAGCAACGACUGAUCCGUGUGUUCGACACUCACGGCGGCUUUGGUCUCUUCGAGCAGUAUCUGGGCCGUAGCCUCCUGUGGCAGCGGGACGCGCAGGUGCGAACCAUGACACGAAUCCAUUUCCGCACGCAGGUAGUGCCGUCGUGGUCUUGGAUGGCGUACGAAGGAGGCAUCACGUUCAUGGACCUCCCAUUCAAAGGCGUGGACUGGGAACGAAAGGAGAUCCGCUCUCCCUGGAACCAUCAGCCGGCGUCGGGUCCGACGUGGCUUUCUACCGGUCGUGGCUCUUGCACUCAUCUGGAAGCCGUCGCAAGGUCCUUCUGGGUGCAGUCGUGCGGCGACGGCGACCAGCUGUCCGAGCCUCUGUACCAGAUUGUGUUCGAUCAAGAUGAGCCACCACCUGGGGAGCAUGCCUUGAAGUGUGUCAUCAUUGGGCGGAGCAAAUUGGGGGCUGAUGGCGACGCGCGGAGACACUAUGUUCUCAUUGUGGGACAGCAGUCAAAUAGAAGCCGGUACGAAAGAGUGGGCGUUGGAUUCAUGCCGGGGAACUGGAUUGUGUUGGAUGAGCCUGGGCUCAAGGUGUCUGUGUACUAG